AUGGAGCGACUGAAGAGGGAGGAUGCCAUUUUUAAGUUGCUCCCACCGCACCUGAAGCCGCUUCCGGAGAACGCGAUCGCGAUCGGCGACGCGGCGGAGGUGAAGGAGCUGCUGGCGAAGCGCACCUUCGCGCUGGAUGCGUCGCGGCCGAUUCCCGGGGUGGGGGAUAAGUUACGACGGAAAAUCGUCGAGAUCUUGACCACCGGCGACCUCGAGGAGCUGCACACGCUGCAGGCGAAACCCGUGAUUCGCGCGAUUCGCCAGUUAACGCAGGUGCACGGCUUCGGCCCCCGCACGGCGGUAUCGUUUUACAAGGAAUACGGCAUCAACACCGUGGAGGAGCUCAAGGCCUACGCCGAAGAGCAUGGCUUGAUGAACGAAUCGGAAUCCGGCGAGGGGGAAGGUGGCAAGAAGGAUCGGAAUAAAGGUCGAUUUCACCUCACCGACGCGCAGCGAUUCGGCCUGAAAUACUACAACGAUAUCCAGCAGCGCAUCCCUUAUAACGAAUGUCGCCUGCACGAGGCCUUUCUGAAACUUCGCCUGCGCAAAUAUCUGGGGCGGGAGUUCGAGUUAACGGUGUGUGGAAGUUAUCGCCGCAAGGUGGCGACCUCCGGCGAUAUCGACGUCCUCAUCACCCGACGCGAUGGACUUCAGGGCGACGCGGAUCCGUUGGAAGCCUCGCAAAACGCGCUGGCGAGCUUCACGGCCUCCCUGCAGGCCGAGCGUUACGUCGAGGCGACGUUGGCGCAGGGGCCGACCAAAUUUAUGGGCGUCUGUCGUCUUCGCAGCCUCAAAAAGCCGUCGAGCGCGGCUGAGGAGGCGCCGACGCGUCGUUUCCACGCCCGCCGGAUCGACAUCCGCUUCGUCGACGCCGCCAGCUACCCCGCCGCGCUGCUGUAUUUCACGGGAAGCAAAAACUUCAACGUCAUCAUGCGCGCGGAGGCCAUUAAGAAGAAUUUCAUCCUGAACGAGUACGGGUUGUUUCGAAACAACUCAAGCAACGCCGCGGGGACUGGCAGGCUGCAUGAGAUGAUCGGGAUGCUCUCCAAGGCGCAGUAUUACACGAGCAAGAAAGGGGCGUUGAAUUACUCGCUCAGCCAUUCCUCGACCGCGGACGAGGAUCCCGACGGCGGGGGCGCCCCCGCGGCGGCGACGAAGCGCGGCCGACGAGGCGCCGCGAAGGCCGCGGCCGGCAAGAUGCAGGCGGAGGAGCUGCUGCAAGUGCUUCACGAGGUGGAGGCGCUGCGGGUGCGGGUGCAAUCGGAGAAGGACAUCUUUGACGCGAUCGGGAUGAGUUACGUCGAGCCACAGAAUCGGAACGUUUAA